UGGCGCAGUCAUUGCACCACUACCGGGAAAUCCAGGCAACGGAACGAAUCUAUUUAUAAACACUGCAAUACGCAUCAAUAUAAGGCAGGUGGGUGUCGUCUUCACCAGCGACUUUGGUUGAUCUUCACUACAGAAGGUCAAAUCUGGCUUCGGAGGGUAUUAAGGGAACAUCAUCACCUGUUGCCAUGGCGUCCGCUAACACUCAGCAAGCAGAAGAAGCUGCAGCGAUCAAAGCUGCCCAUCCAGGUGGAUGUCGUGUGAUGACUGAUGUUGGGAGGUUCACUCAUGUGGUCACAGUUCAACCCAUGAAUAUGGACGCAACCAUCAAAUUCCAGCUGGAAGCUUCAUAUCCAAGCAAGGUCCCAACUGUAACAGUGAGAUCCGAGGCUCUUUCUGAUGAUGAUAAGCUGGAGCUUCAGAAAUAUCUCCUGGAGGAGGCUGAGGUUAGCCUCAACACACCAAUGAUUCAGUGUCUGGUGGACAAGGCUACCAUAUGGCUCAAGAGUAGUGGAAUGAGAUCAGGGGAAGUCUGGCCGGUAAGUGAAGCUCACUCUGCUUCCAGGAACCAUGGGAAGAAACGAAAGGGAAAGAAGAAGGUAGUUGACGAUGUUGUAGAGGGGAAGUUGGUGUCCAUGAAGACGGCUGACGAUGUUAUAAAGCGUAUCAUGUGGGAUGGUACCCUGCAGAGUGAUGACUUCCUUGUCGGAUACUGGGAUCGCUUCCGCGGAAUCAUGGAGAAGUACUUCUCUGCCUUCUCCUGGGAAGAUAUUGCAUCUGUUGACUACACAGUGCUGGCCAUACCUAAGCACAGGAUCCAGUACUUUAAAUAUAAAACCGAGAUAGUGUGGGACAAGGGCUCCAGACUGGACAAUGUGUUUGGGUCAACUGGGAGUAAACUGACCAUUACAGAUGUCAUCGAGAGAUACGAGAAGAACCGACAGAAUCAGGACCAGGAAGAAGAUAAUGAUGAAGACAAGGAUGUGGAUGAAGAUGAAGACAGCGACAGCGAUGAUGGCAUCACUGUAACUAUUGGCGGCAUCAGUAAUGGUACAUCAACCCAGAAACCGACAUCAGACACCAACCACUACGUCGCUGGAGGAAGCAAAGAUAAUGAUUGGCAAGCUGAUAAUGAGGUCAAUCCUUUCUGGAAGGACAAACUGCGACCGAACUACUUCAUCGCUGUGAGGGUGACAGACCAGGAGGUGCUGGAGAACCUGGAGAGUGUCCAGGACUACAUCCUGGAGAACGAACCACGGUACAGCAGUUGCUGCAUUCCUGGAGCCUCCCUCCACAUCACGCUGUGCACCAUGGGACUUGGCACCCCCGAGCAGGUCAGCAACGCUGUGCAGGCGAUCCAGAACAUGAAGUCAGACUUGGAAGCCUCUGUCCCAAAGGAGCCUCUGAGGCUUGUUGGGGUGGGCAACUUCUUCAACAGGGUCAUCUAUGCCAAGGUGCAAUGCCCAGAAACAUUCGUCCCCUUUGUGGACCAUGUGAAGAUGUGUUUGAACGAAGCUGGGGUGGAAAUUAGGGAUGGGUACGAGUUUGUUCCACACAUGACCAUUAUGAAGACAACACGACCAGUGUCUCGACUGAUGGGAACCAAGGAGGUCAGCCCGUUUCUCUAUGACAGUUUCGCUGAUAUGACAUUUGGGUGUCAGAGCAUAGAUGCCAUCCAUCUUUGCUCAAUGGAAACAGAGAGGCGAGAGGAUGGCUUCUACUUGUCUCCCUGUCACAUCAACUUCAAACAGUCAGAAUAAACUACAGGACAAUCAGUGUUAGUUGGAAAUGUGAUAUGGUACUUUAAAAAUAAGAUACAUAAAAUAUUUUGAUGUUUUAGCAGAAUGGUACAAAGAAUGAUUUUCACUGUUUUAUUAAUAGUGGAGAAUACACCUUGACCUCAGAAGGGCAUGCUGGGCAUGCUGAGGACAUCAUGCUUUGUGAAACUGAAAACACGAUCUUGUCAGUCUGGAUCGUGUAACAAAAGGAACAAGAACCAGUCUGGUUUCAGUAUUUUUCAAAUAUGAUUUUUGCUUCUAUACAGCAUUUCUGAGUAACGUUGAUCAAAUGUUUUCUCCAGCUGACUGGAUCAAGUUCCAAAAAGUCUAUCUGUGAUUCAUAUGCCAUUAAAUCAUUAUACUUGCA